AGACCGGAGAGGGAAUAUGCGGAGCAUGUGGCACAUGGACUAUUCACAUGUUUUAAGGGAAAGAAAGAAACCCUGUGACUGUGACUGUGACAAUCGACAAGAAGGAGGUGAUUGAUAUUCCAAAUGGCAACAUCAUCAAUAAAGAAGGAGGUGUAUUCAGUGUGGGCGAUCCCACCGGAAGACGUACGCGACCGCCUUACCAAGCUCAUGACCUCCCUCCGAUCCGAUUUCGGUGGACCCCAGUUCGAACCCCACAUGACCGUCGUGGGAGCAAUAGAGUUAACCCCAGACGACGCACUCAAAAAACUCCGAUCAGCGUCUGAAGGUGUUAAGUCUUUCCAAGUCACCGUUGACCGUGUUUCCGCCGGCACUUUCUUUUAUCAGUGUGUUUAUCUCCUCCUUCAUCCCACCCCUCAGAUUCUGGAAACCAAUGCGCACUGCUGCACCCAUUUCGGUUAUAAGAACUCAACUCCUUACAUGCCACACGUGAGCCUUGUGUAUGGAGAUUUGACUGAUGAAGAGAAGCAAAAGGCUCAAGAAAGAGCUAAUAUUCUUGACAACAGUCUCAGUGGCCUCAGCUUUCAGAUAAGUAAGCUUGCAUUAUACAAAACAGACACUGAAGACAAAUCUCUUAAAUCUUGGGAGAAAAUUGCUGAAUGCACUCUUACUCCAAACUAGCUUGCCAACAACACUUAUACCAUCACAACUUCACAACUGUUGUGUACAGCAUAAAUAAAUAAAUAACUUCUUUUUACCUCUAAUAUUGUCUGUAUGUCUUAUAAACUGUCUGUUUUCUGCCACUGCGUUGUAUUCUAUUUAUAUUCUCUACUCUGUAGUUUUAUUCUCA